ACUACAUUUCCCCGCACUGACCAUCAGGCAGCCGCGCUCCCAUUGGCUGACCGAUCCAGCCGCAGCCCCAGAGAAUGAAUGAAAUUGAAAUUGCUGCUAUAUUACAUGUACAAUACCGGGGAUCUGCAGUCUUACAUUGUAUCAUUCUAUAUCAAAAUGGCCACAGUGGUCCAAAAUCCUCUGAAAUCGCAAUCAAGUGGAACCGUCAUAAAGAACAGCCUUGGUGAGGAGUUUUAUCGUGAGGCGAUUGAGCACUGCCGAAGUUAUAAUGCUCGACUUUGUGCCGAACGCUCCAUGCGCCUGCCCUUCCUCGACUCCCAGACAGGUGUAGCACAGAGUAACUGCUACAUAUGGAUGGAGAAGACUCACCGUGGGCCAGGUGUGGCUCCAGGGCAGCUCUAUACCUAUCCUGCACGCUGCUGGAGGAAGAAGAGACGGUUGAACAUCUUAGAGGAUCCACGUCUUGGACCCAUCGAGUUUAAAAUCGACUAUGAAGCAGCGCUAAAGAAAGAAGGGGGUGUUCCUGAUGGUCCUGUCCUGGAGUCACUCCUCAGCGGUGAACUGCUGGAUAAAAAGGUGGAAACAAAGGAAGAGGAACCCAUGAGCGAAUGCCAGAAGCUGCUGAUGGGAGAGUUUCCUCAUGAGCUGGACAUGGAGGAAAUGGAGGAGGACGUUCCCAAACGCAAGAAUCGCACCAAAGGACGGGCAUGUGGUAUUGGUGGGAUGAGAAAGAGACAGGAUCCAGCAUCUCUGGAGGAUCGAGACAAGCCAUAUGUGUGUGACAUUUGUGGAAAGCGAUACAAGAACCGUCCAGGUUUGAGUUACCAUUACACUCACACACACCUGGCGGACGAGGAGGGUGAGGAAGACUCUGAACGCCACACACUGCCCUUCCAGCGCAAGAACAACCACAAACGUGAGCGCAGCAUCAGCCUCAACAACGGAUUACACACUCAUACCACAACCCAUAGAGUACCACUAUUCUAACACAAUGACCCACUCUCAUACCCCUUUUCCACUGACCCCCCGGUGCUGGUGCUGGUGCUGGUGCUGGAGCCGCUGUCCAAUCCGGCCCCAUCCCGUGCUUUUCCAAUGAAAUAACCAAGGACCAAAUUGACUCCAUCUCUUAAUCCUGCUGGUCUUUAAAUAGCCACCAUUAUUGCCAGGGACCAAAGGGCGGGAUAAAGUUUCCAAAACAGCAACUCAUGACAGGACUAGAUCGUUCAUUUUUUUUAAAUCAAGAAAAGCUAAAUGGAAUUGCCCAAUGCAGCUUCUGACUUUCUGUUUUGUCCUCUUUUUUUAUGUUCCUACUUUUGCUGUGCUGCAAAGCUACUCAAACCACUUUAUUUUCCCCAUCUGUCUGAAAUAAAAGAUUUUAUUUACAAA